CCCUGCACUGAGAGGGGAGUGAAGAGAAGGGGGAGUGACUGCAGCAUGUGCUUUUAGAAAAAGCUUCUCUGCAGACCUUAAACAGCAAAGGGACUGAAAAGUUUCUACCGUUUUCUCUUUGGGCUGGCUGGUUCUGUGUUCUAUGAGUGCUGCAAGCGUGCUCACGUCCUUCAGUGCAUCUGCGAUGCCUGGCCCAGUAAUGACAGACGUGGCAAUGAGGUUCUACAUCAGCCACUCUCCACCUCCCCUCCAAAGCUUCAUCAGCUCCUACGGGGACCUGCAGAGGGCCAAGAAUAGGGUCAACCAGUCCAGCACCCGCAGCCGCAGCAGCAACCAGCAGCUCUAUGAACCCCUCCGGCCCUGCCUCAGCAGCCAGCACAGAUCGGCGGGUGAUGGCAGCCAUGUGGGCUGGUCCAAAAAGAAGCCCACCAAGAAGAGAGUGGUGUUCGCUGACACCAAGGGUCUGUCACUUACCGCCAUCCAUGUCUUCUCCAAGUUUGACGACGAGCCGUACCAGAACAAGUCGGUCGAUGGAAUCAUGGAGGAGCUGCAGUUUGAGAUGGCGGACCUGGAAACCGCCACAAUGGAUCUAAAGAUCAGCUCGGUGCGCAGCCUGGCGCUUGACUUCAAACAGCCCUCAACUGACUACCUGGACUUCCGGAACCGCCUGAUUCAGAACUGUGUCUCCUUGGAGAACUGCUCGCUGCAGGAGCACUCGCUGACCGGCACCAUCAAGGUCAGAAACGUUGGUUACGAGAAGUCAGUGCAAGUGCGUGUCACCUAUGACUCAUGGGCCACCUUCACUGAUGUAGACUGCACCUUCCUGAACAAUGUCUACAGCUGCCAGGACACUGACACCUUUGCCUUUGAGCUGGAUCUUCCAGCAUACACCCCACCACAGAACCGAAUUGAGUUCUGCAUCUGCUUCAAGAUCCAGGGCCAGACCUACUGGGACAACAAUGAGGGCAAGAACUACCCUCUGAAACAUGUCAGUUGGAACGGGGUGGCCCACAAAACGUCUACUCCACAGGAGAAUGCCUCAGAGCACAAAACUGAGGGUGGGAAGGUCCAUGAGCUCGAGUUCGAUCAGUUUGGCAGCCCACGCAUGUCCAGUGGACUGUUUCCCGGCUGGCAGAGCUGGGGUCCGAUUGACAACAUGGUGCCUUAUUGGUAAAAGCAUCAGGAUGUUUGCUGAGCUGACCCUGGCAGAUGAUUACAGACUUUCUCUCCAAAGCCAGCUGCAGGUCUGAGCUGGACUGACUCAAAGUAAACUGAAGCGAUCAGCCCAUACUCUUUUUUUAGCACAGAAGAUAUACAAACCAGACAAAAACCCGAGUGUAAUUGGCUCAACUGACCUGCUUUCUGCUGUAACUGGUCACUGGGCCUAAUAAAUUAUUAAACUGGAGGUGGCUGGAGGAGCAGGAGGGAAGAAUAGAUCAUUUUGUAAAAUAUUAAUGUGCCUUCUCUUUGUGCCUGCCCACUAAAAUAAAGACUAAUAGUGCAUAAUAAUAUGAGGACGGUUGGCCCCCUUUUGAGGGCUGGAUGCAUUAGCUAAACAUGCACUGAUUGAGAUGUCCUUCUCAAUGUGACAUCUGUAAGCUGAGCGACACUAAAUCUGAAUUAAUCCUUCAUAUUGAAGGGAAAGCUUUGGGAGUGCAUGACCACAGGAUGCUUCUCUACUACAUAAAACAAAGCACACUGAACCUUCUGCACCUCUCUGUAUAAAGUAGAAAGUAUGUGCACAUGAUUCAGAAUGAAACAGGAGUCAUGCAGCCCUUUCUUUCCCUCCAUGUAAAUUGCACAUGUUUGAGUGGUAAAUAUUUCUGAGUGAUGUAAUUCUGAGGAGAGGAACUGAGCUGGUGUUAAGAUGAUCUGUCACAAUGAAUGACAAUGAAUGUGAUUGGUUCACUAUGAGUGAGGAAGUUUGGAAAUGUGUGAGGUUCUGGUAUGUGCAGAAAGAAGUGAUGUAAAGUCUGAAUGUGCUGUUUCUUUUUGUUGUUUUAAGUACACUUGUUGAUCACAUGUGUACAGAACAUAUGGAUGCAAUGGAAAUGUUUGUUCACUGAAGCUUUUUCUGUUUCUUCUCAGUUUGAAGAAAGGUCUAAGCCAUGUAAUUUUGAGUCUCACUUGAAGGUGUGUGUUGCUGAUGCGCGCCAUGUUGGUUAUUUGUUUCCUUUUUCAAAAUAAAUUUCUAUUUUUGUGCUAACAAA